AGACCGGGUCGAGCCAAUCUCGCAAAUGAAUAAAACACAUAUAAGACUAAUGACAGUAAGUUAAAUAAUUAGUGGAGGGUGGCUAAAUCAUAUAUAGUAUUUCAUGAUAAUUUUUCCUUAAAUUUGUUUUAAAAGUAACUAAUUUGACAACUUUUCGGGUCGGGUUCGGAUCAUCAUUAUUGGGUCAAUUUCGGUUCGGGUCACUUCCGGGUUCGGAUCAUAUUCGGGUGUAUUUUACGAUCGGGUUGUUUGGAGUCAUUAUUUUCUGGCGAAAAACGGGUCUCGUGUUGGUUGUUUCGGGUCGGGUCAACGGGUAGGGUCUAUUUUGUCGGCUAUAGUCGCACGUCGCUGCUUCCUUUAUCUAUUACUAGUCUUAAUAAUAAAAAAUCAACAAAGGCAUAAAAGUAUAGCCGGCAAAAUAGACCUGUAUUCGUGACCCAACCCGAGAUCCGUUUUCCACUCGAAUAGAACCGAACUAGAAAUAAAUCGGCCCGAUUCAAACCCGACCCGAAAGUAAUAUAGACCCGAAUGUGAAUCUAUCUGACGCGGAAGUGACCCGGCCCGUAAUUGACCCGAUAAAAUUAUUACGAAAUACCAUAUAUGAUUUAGCUAAUGUUCAUUAAUUAUUUAACUUACUCUCAUUAGUCUUAUAUGUGUUCUAUUUACUUGCGAAAUUGAAAAACUUGAUUAACCCGACCCGAGAUGACCCAAAGUAUCAUGGACAUGUAUUCGACCCGACCCGAACGUAACCCGAACACAAAAUUGACCCGAUUAUGGCCCUACCAGUUUGCCACCUUUACGUAAAAGAGUAGAAAAUCUUUUUUAAAUGAAUGAAAAUGCACUUUGCAAUUUAUGUUUAGUAUAUAGUUAGCUUCUACUCCCUCCGUUUCAUUUUAAUCUACACACUUACACUUUUCACGCAUGUCAAUGCAAACCUUUGAGGACAUAUAUCUUUAGUUUUGCAUUUGUAAAAAUUAUAAAAAGUACAUAUUAAUAAAAUACAUGUUAUGAUGAAUCUAACAAGAUCGCACAUGAUUAAAUUUCAUCCAUGUAUAAAUCACAAAUGAUGGUCAAAGUGAAAUUUGUGAAUAGUGUAAAAUAUCGAAGUGUAACAAUUAAAAUGAAACGGAGGGAGUACUAGUUAAUAACCAAGCAAUGCUCUAGCUUUUUCUUAAUUAACAUAUAUGAAUAAGUAAUAAGAUCUUUUUAACUUGUAAGUCAUAAAAGAAAAUCAAACUUACAGAAGUUGUUUAUAACUUGUAAAGAUAUAUGCAUAUAAAAUUUAGAGUUUUUUCAAAUUGUUAAUAUAAAAUUGUUAUUUAAUAAAGAUAAAAGAAGAGUUCAAAUCAAAGUGCUCUUAUAAACUAAAGUACUAGUUCUACAUAUGAAACUAGUUUUUUGUCCCGAUCAUGCCCUAGGUUAUUAACAUUUUUAUUUUUUAAAAAAAUAUCAUCUAAUGGUGUAUAGCUUAUUGGUUAGAACUUUAGUAUCUUAAAUUGAGGUCACGUGGUCGAUCUUAUACGGACCAUAUUUCUAAAUUUUUAAUAUAUCUUAAUGGCGUGGAAUGAACAAUUAACGGGAGAGUGCCGCAUAACGCAUAGAAUUGCUUAAAAACACUUUUAAAUAUAUUAGUAUAGAUGUUUUCAAUUCAAUACUUUGCUAUAUAUUAUUUAUUAAUAAUAAACAUAAAUUCAUCAGUAUAUAAUUUAACCUUAUGAAAUUGCCAAUAUCUAAAUGAAAAAGAGAUUUGCAAGAUAGCGACUUAGUAGACAUAUUAUGCCAGUGAAAGUGGAAACUACCUACUGAGUACUACACUAGGCCCACAACAUAUUUAUAAAUGAACUAGACCCUAGGGAAACCACUGGACUAAGCUUCAAUUCACGAUUAGUAAGGCACAUGCUUCAUUAUAUCCUAAAGCUUUCUAAUUUUUGGGCUCUUUUUAAGUUUGGGUAGUGGGCGGUUGUCCUUUUCGCGCGCCAUCCCUCAUAGAUAAGCUUGAGUCUUAUAUGCACGCAAUGUGUGCAAAAGUAAAGUGGAAAACAAUAUUAUAUUAUUAAAUCUCAUAACCUAAAAUAAUAGAUAAGAAACAUUGUUCAUAGAGAUUUGACAAAUUUUCCGUUUAGCAAACAUUAUAUAUAUAGAUGAGUUUGUCUUGUAAGAGACCGCCUACUUUAAAAUUAAAAUUAGAUAAUGGUAAGACCAAUAUUAAAAAGAGAAUUAGCCCAAUAGUAACUAGGUUAAUUUCUUUCAAGGACUAGUUUAAUCCAUAUAGUGACUAGGUUUACUUUUAUAUUAAAAUUAGACCGCUUUUUUUAAUAAUUUUUGUAUGUAAUAACGUGCAUAUGGAGUGAAAUUCAUUGCUUAUAUAUGUUUGUAUCAUUUGUUAAAGUUAUUAUAAUUAUAUUAUUAUGUGAGUGAAAGUAUAUUAGUCUUUUGACGUGGACACCAAACUUUUCAACAGUUCGUCUUAUAUAAUGGUGUAUAAAGGGUUUGUAAAUUGUGUGUUGCACACAUUGCACACUAGUGAAAGAGCAUUUAUGCCCUUUGAAUCUAAUCUUAAAAUAACAAAGUAAAAGUAAAUCAUAAUUUGGGCAAAUCUCUUAAAAUCCGUUAUAAACUAGCAAGAUUAGAGUCUAUACAAUUUCUGUUAGAACAGAAUCUCUGUUUAAAACUUUUAACUUCCUAUAAAUAAAACCCAUUUCCCCAAAAUCAGCUAUACCAUACCAUUUGUACUGUAAAUUUCUUCUGUAAUCCAUCUUUUUUAAUCUUCUUGCAUCAAUCAAAAUAUUCUAAAACACACCAAAAAAACAAAAAGAGAGAUAGAAUUUCACCAAAAGAGAGAAAAAAAAAACAACAAAACAAACACAAAGAUGGAGAAAAUGGAGAUUGUUCUGACUCCACAAUUGGCACCAAAAGUUCAUGGAGGAACAGGAGGUACGUACUAUGCAUGGUGUGACUCUGAACUUCCCAUGCUACGUCAAGGUAACAUUGGUGCCUCGAAACUCGCGCUUCAAAAAAAUGGCUUCUCUCUUCCUGCUUAUUCUGAUUCCUCCAAAGUUGCCUAUGUUCUUCAGGGCAGUGGUAGUUGUGGGAUUGUCCUUCCAGAAAAGGAAGAGAAAGUAAUACCAAUCAAGAAAGGCGAUGCAAUAGCCCUCCCUUUCGGUGUAGUAAACUGGUGGUACAACAAAGAAGACACAGAACUAGUCAUUCUCUUCCUAGGUGACACCUCGAAAGCCCACACAGCUGGUCGCUUCACAGACUUUUUCUUAACAGGAUCAAAUGGCAUCUUCACUGGUUUCAGUACAGAAUUUGUAAGCCGAGCAUGGGAUUUAGAUGAAAAAACAGUGAAUGCUCUUGUAGGGAAUCAACCUGGGAGUGGAAUAGUCCAGGUUGAUGCAUCAGCCAAAAUGCCUGAACCCAAGAAUGAGAACAGGAAGGGCAUGGUAUUGAACUGUGAGGAAGCUCCUUUAGAUGUGGAUAUCAAGAAUGGUGGGAGAGUAGUAGUUUUGAACACCAAGAACUUGCCCUUGGUUGGCGAGGUUGGCCUUGGGGCUGACCUUGUGAGGCUCGAUGGCAGUGCAAUGUGCUCUCCUGGAUUUUCGUGUGACUCUGCACUGCAGGUCACAUACAUUGUUCGAGGGAGUGGCCGUGUUCAAGUUGUGGGCAUCGAUGGAAGAAGGAUGUUGGAAACUACAGUGAAGGCAGGACAACUGUUUAUUGUUCCAAGGUUCUGUGUUGUCUCCAAGAUUGCUGAUCCUUCUGGGAUGGAGUGGUUCUCUAUCAUCACUACACCUAACCCAAUAUUCACCCAUUUAGCAGGAAAGACUUCAGCAUGGAAGGCUCUAUCCCCUGAAGUCCUGCAGGCAGCUUUCAAUGUGAGCGCGGACAUAGAGAAUAAAUUCCGAUCAAAGAGGACUUCGGAUGCCAUCUUUUUCCCACCUUCUAACUGAGAGGAUAAAUCUUUCCCUUACAUAACUUCAAGUUGUCUCAUAACCAGUAUAUGACCUCAAAUUUUGUCACUUCUAGCAUUAUCUUCUUGUAUUAGCUAGUGUAUCUCCAUACAUUCUUCACCUUUGUUUGUGCUAUUGAAACACAAUUACUGCUAGGUUUUCUAGUAGACGUCGGCUUUUGUUGCUAUAGAGUGAGGGUACUGGAAAUAAAUACUAGCUUUCAAACUCGUGCUCAUCUUAUACACAGCUUUUGUGAUAAUA